UUGGAGGAGGGUCUCCCGUAAAGCUACAGAUUCCAGUGUAGUUAUAGUGCAGAAAGAAAGAUGUCCAAAGGGAAGAUAUCAGCCAUACGAAUCGAACUGUUACGACGCCUGCACAACCAGACAUGAAGGCAUUGAAGACUUGCCAGUACAAUAUGCGAUAUAUUCCAAGGGAGACAGUAUCUCCACCGAUGAUAUAUUGUGACUUCAAAAGGGGAUUUUACAGCCUGGAUGGCAAGUUUCUUCAGAGGUUUGACGGAGAACUCAGAUACCAACCCCUGGAAUGUACAUGUGUCACUGAUUACAACCCAUGUACUAGAGGACAGUUCCCAAUUCCGAACGGGACGUGUCUGUUUCCGUGCGAAGAAGGUUUCGAGCGUGACGUCCAUGAUGGUUUUCAGUGUAAAGAACUAAGACGGGCAGAAACUGAUUCCAGUUUAGAGGAGAUGAAACCUAAAGACAAUGAUUUGAGUCAGAAAGCAGAGGAAGCAGACGAGAUAAACAUAAUUAACAAGACUUCGCAGAAGCCGCGGAAUGAAACCAAAACAGAGGACAGUCGUACUUCGAAUGAUUCGCACGUCACUAUAGUAAUAGUCUUCGUAUUUGCUGCUUUACUAUUUGCCAUCGUCGGACUGGUCUUGUACAUCUUGAGCACUAAAACAGCAUAAUCAUCGUUUAUUGUAGCCGGUACAGAAAGAGAAACUUCUACCUCCUAAAGAAUUCCAUAGUUUGAAGUAUUCCGCUUUGACUACAUUCAGGAUGAUUUAUGAACAAUGACAAAUUACUGACAUUCAUACAUGUUGUUUCUUUAUGAUUGUUCAGACAAUAAAUAGUGAACUUUAUACAACAAUUUCAUCACGACGAGUUCCUUCAAACUUUACCCAUUGGUCAAGCUGUCCAUUAAGUUUUGAAAUCUUCUACAUUACGUAAAUAGGGUAAGACAGUAUCAAAUCACUUAAAAUUUUAAACAUACAUUUUUGAGCGUUUACAAAAAAUAUCUGACAUCUAGAUAAGAGGCAAAGUUCUCCACAACACCUUGGUGUAUUUGAUAUGUCUAGUUUUGAAAUAUCGGUUCAUAUUAGUUUAAAAUACUGUUCUGCCGUGAACAAUACAUAGGUUGUGUCUUCUUGUGUCUGUUUUGUGUUUUAAAAAUAUGUAAAGCAUUAAUGAUUUUAAUCGUAACUCGAGAUGGCUUUAUAAUGAGUAAUUUGCCCGACGACAUGACAAUAAUCUUUACCGAAUCAUUUUAACAUUUUAAAUAUACAAGUUCAUAUAAUGCAUAGUAACAUAUCAAAAUAUCGAUAACUUUUUUGUGAGCCUUUCAAAAGUCCUUGUUAAAGUUAAAGGAAAGAUAUAAUGGACCAAAAUUAUUUUGUUAUAUGUGCCUUUGUUUACUUUUAUGUUUGAGUAAAAUGACGGACAGUGACCACAACUACCUAGAUAAUGUUGUUUAUAUUUUAAGUUACUAUUAUAGGCGAGUCCAACAUUUUGUUAUUGAUACUUAAUAGUUAAUAAAUAAAUAGGGCAUUUAAAUUGUUCCAUCUUGAUAUAGCCGGUUAACUCAUAAUUUAAAUUAGGUUUGGAACUUUCUUCAUGGUUAUGAGUAAUGAACAACCAUGAAGUAGCCACAUGAAAUCUUUUGAACAUUUUAUUGAUGUCGAUAUUUAAGUAUACCGUAUGUUGAAAACUCGCCAAGCAAUAUCAAACUAUCAUUUAGAGUAAUAUUUUUGCUGUUUGUUAAUGUAAGAUAUGAAAUAAUUAUUUGGACUCGCGCGUGCGUACUCCUUUAAAAUGAUUGACAUAUUUUCAUACUUUUGGUAGAAUGGUAAUUCUUGACUACAUUUUUGUAUAUUUUAGUCUUUUGAAUGAGUGAUCUGUUUAUGUAUGCAUUUAAUUAACCAUAUUACAUUAUGCUUAAACAGUUUCUCAGUUCGUUUGAUUUUCUAGAUAUUUGCUGUAUAUUUUUUUUAUAAACGAAAUCUCUAACAUUGUUAAUAUAAAUAAUCUUAAUUUUUGGUUUUAACAUUUUAUUAAUUGAAAGUAUUUGGCUUCUUGAGAAAUUUCUGUGAAAUAAACUUAA